GGGAGGCAGCGUCCGUGGCCGGGCGGGGAGAAGGAAGGCUCCCCCUAGCGCGGCUGCUCCUGGGAAGCUGGGCACGUGCGCGGCCGUGGGAUGGCGGCGGGGGCCUGGCCGCUGCCUGCGGCCCGGGCCGGCUGUGGGGCUGGGGGAUACCCCGCUUGCCCACCGCCGGCUGCAGGACCCCAGCCGGUCGUGUCCCAGAGCCCUGGAUUAUCUGAGAGCCGCCGGUGGCUCCGCAAGGAAGUCUUGACGCACCCCAUUGGCACACAGUGCCCAGUUCCCAUGCACAGCUUGAAUAAUCAGCUCCAUACCUGGCUUCUCUUCAGAGCUCACCGUUUUUUGCCAAUACUUCUAAUCUGACACUUCACCAGAGGCACUUCUGAGAGUUUCUCAGUGUUUUUUUACCACAUAAACAGGGGUCAUAGGGCACUGGUAUUAUGGCCUGGGUACAAGUAGCAGUCAGCCAAUCCAAUGAGGAUAUAUUUGAUGAAGAUGCAGAUGAGAUGUAUCUACUACAGAAGGAAUGGAACAGCACUAUGAAAAAGAGAUUGAAGGAAGGCUAUAGGGAUGGAAUUGAGGCUGGGAAAGAACUUGCACUCCAGACAGGCUUUAAUCAAGGUUACAGACAUGGUGCCGAGCUGAUGAUUACAUGUGGCCAGUUCAAAGGAACCCUGAACGCUCUCUUAUCCUGGUGUCAUUUUAAUGGACAUGAUUCUGCUCUAAGUACGAUAAAUAAUCUUCUUGAUGUGGUUGGAAAGCAUGAAGAUGAUGUGCUUAAGUAUCUGAAUUCUACUGAAGAACAGCCACAUCUUGGACACAUUUUAGACUCAGUUCAGGACAUGGACCUUAAUCACACAGCUGGGACGGAGUACAGGGAAAUUAAAGAUGGAAAACACAACGACUGUGGCAGCUCCGGUGAAAACAUUUGUAGGAAUAAUGGUGAGGUUGGUUCCUUGCAUUCUGAGUGCAGCAAGGCAAACCUCUGCACAGAUCCUGAAAAGUCAACCCUUGCUUGGGUUAAAAUGCAGACUGUUUGGUUAGUAGAGCAACUGGGCUUAUCACUGGAUGUACUCCAUCAUGUCCAGCAACUGGAACAUUAGUUUUUCUGUCUUGUGGUGCUUAAAACUAUCACAGCUGAUUUUGAUUCUUAGUUUGUGGGCCAUGUACAGGCUGAUGCAUCAGUUUUGCUUUAGGAAAAUCUAAUUUUGAUGCUUUACAGUAGAAGUAAUUUUUGUAAAUCCUCGCCAUGAUUUUGGCUCUGGGCAAAACCCUUCACUUUCAACCUUAAAGGUAAAAUGCACAGAAGGGGGCAGUGACUUGAAAGCUUUACGAAGAGUUACUAAACAUGUUUCUGUUUUGUGCUAGGAGGUCCCAUUUCACCCUCAUUUUUUUCUUGGCAGCAGCUUGGAAAUGAAGUGGGUCCAUUAAAUAGCCCCUCUAAAUUGGUCCCCUGCAAUAUCAAAAGAAUAAAUGCUCAGUGCUAUGGAAAUGGUCAGUGUUUUUGCAGAAUAAGCUGCUGUUGAUGAUGUGCUGUGUGCAAAAUAGAAUAUGAUAUGCUGCUGAUUCCUAGAGUGCUGUGACUAGAGUCACUUUUUGUCAAAUUUUAUGUGUUAUCUUUUCUACCCAUGAUGCAAUGCACUUUCACUGUUAAAAACUAUUUUUCUCUCCUUAUAUAGUUAUAUUUGUCACUUUUGCUGAAAACACACCAUUUUCCUCAAAUACAGAAUUGCUGACAAUUCAUUGUUUUACUUUUAGACAUCUGCUCUUACCAUGUCAGACCACACUAAACAUGCUUCUAGUUUAAUGAACACCCUUUUAUUAUUUUUGUAUUUAUUUUGUCAGUCUAUCUAGUCUGAACUCUUUCCCACAUUCCAAAGUUUUUCUCAAGCUCUUUAAGGAAGCCAGGCUUAUUCACUACCUCUUAGAAACACAUCAGCCACACAUGCCUAUUUCUGAUUAUUUUGUAUUUCUGUAAGUAUUCUGUAUUUGACUUGUUUUCCCAUUGCUUCCCUUCACUGUAGCUUAAAUUGCUCUGUUCAGGAAGUUUUUUCUUUGUGAAUGCAUCUGUUUUAUAUUAAAUUGAUUUAUAGUAAGUUCCCAGCUUACUUGUUGGAAGUUUCCUGUAACUCAUUCAUAUUGGAGACAAGGGGAGUCGAGACAUAGGCAAAGUAAGAUUUUGAACAGUAAACUAUAAUUAAAAAAAAAUAAUCACAAAGCUAUUUCAUAUUUGGAGGCAAAAAAAAAAAAAUCUAAGGCAAAAAUUCCUUGUUUUUUAGAGCCUGAGUUCAUACAACAUUCUUACUAAAGACUGUUACCCUGUCAGGAGUUGACAGACUGUAAUUUUGGUUUCCUUUAGGAGUAAGCAGAACUGCAGUUCAGAGUCUUGGAUUGAAUGCAUUUAUAAAAUAGUGGACAAAGAGGGGUGUCUACAUUAAUUGUUUAUAUACAAAAAUUGUUCAAGUAACUUUUUUUCAAUUUAUUUAGCAUAAUAUUGACAUGGAUAAACAUUACUUUUCUUCAAAUCCCUGUCUUGUGUUAUAGACUGUAUCAUGUAUGUUAAAUAAAGAUUUCUUCCAUAUUCUGGUAGAAUAUGGUGCAGACAGUGUUGGAAUAUAUAUAUAAUUUCCUAACUAAUUUUUAAUUAGUUUUUUAACUAAUUGUAAGCAGUGCCCACUUUUAGCCAACACCAGUUAAGUUUCUUCACAGACCUACUUUGAUCAUUAAAUCACCGAAACCUUGAGUUUGUUUAAACUAAGCCUGACAAUCUUCAAUGAACAAAGCCAAAGGAAUUUGAAGAUUGGGCAUCUUAAAUUUAUGGCUCUUCAAUGACAUUAGAGUAACCAGAGGAUAUGGAGGAGAUUAAGGCCUGGAAAGUUGGAGAAAAAGAUAAAAGAAGGAAUAAAGGGUGUGGACCAGAUUAGCACAAAGAGACAUCAAUAACUAAUAGGGAGUAGAAUACUAAUUAAUGAAAAGAAUUAUGUAAAUUAAACCAAUGAACAUUAAUGUCUUUGUUCUCAAAAAAAUGCAUAAAUAAGUGAAAAAGUUUUGUAUUGGGAUCAGCAUUGAGGCUGGAACUUUGUCAGCCACACAUAUCUCUUGACCAAGAAUAAAGUAAUGCCUUACCUUCUAACAAUUAAAAAAGACAGUGCUAGAAGGAAUCUUGUUUACCUCAAUGAUUUUUGAGGUUUUUAGUAACAAGACAAAAUAAAGGUUAAUAGAACAGUGUUAGAAGCAGAUUCAAGGGAAUUACUUUCCCAUAUUUAAAAGUUUGCAAAGAGGAGAUACCAUUCACAAAUUACUAAGUAGACUUCAUUUUUGUUUAUGAAACCAUCAGGUUUUUGGCUAUGACAUCAGCUUCUAUACUAGCUAAGGAUUUACUUUCCUCCACAAGGUUUCCAUGCAUAGUGAGGGGUUACUUUUUUUCCAUGUUAUCACCCAGAGUUUCCAGUUUGGCCGUAGAGAGAUUUUCUUUUGUACUCUCUGUAUUAUUUGGCUUAUCUGUUACUACCCAGUCUUGCUGACCAGCACCAGAAAGGCUUUUUUUGAGAUUGUCAGAAUCUGUAGUUUGCUCCAAUUGUGAUCCAGGUUCUUGUUCUGUGUUCAUGUCUUGUGUUUCACUGUCAGCUUUCACCUUGGCAGCAUUCCUGAAAACAGCUCUCAUGACAACUGGGACUGACAUGCAACUGAAGAAGGAAAUGACACAUUAGUCACUACUACAGACAUCAUACGUUCUUUAAAGUACUUCUGGUUUUUAAACUGUGGCUGACACCUGAAUGAAAACCAGCAUUAUCUCCUUUCUGUUUUUGUCUUGUACAACC